AUGUGGUUUUUGUCUUUUUCUGGCCCCCAUCCAUGGCAGCGCAUUGCCCUGUUGCAGUCGGAAGGCGAAGACUUGGUUAGCCAAAUCAGUCUGCUCGAGAAACGUACAGAAACGCAGACAAAAGUGAUCCACGAGUUGAAGGCAGAGCUGAAUAGAAGCACUGAGAAGCUGGGCCAGUCGGAUCGAGACAAAGCCCGGCUACAAUAUGAGCUGACUUCUGCCGCCACACAGAAUAGAGCAUUUUUGUAA